AUGCCCACUUCAUCGAUCCCGCGCUCGCCCCGACUAUUUUUCCAAUUUCCACUCUUCUCUCCCACGAGCCACCUCGAUGCUCUUCAUCGCGCUCUCUGUAAAUCGCCGUCGCUCUUCAUCUCGUCUCCUCCCGUCAACCACCUCGUCGCCAUCUCAUGCGCGCCUCAAAUUGCCCUCCCGUCGCCCUUUCUCCCUUCGCGUCACCCACCUCGUCGCCUCUGCGCGCGCCUCAAAUCGCCCUCCCGACGCCCUUUCUCCCUUCACAUCACCCAUCUCGUCGCCCUCCUUAUCACCAUUCGCAUCACCCACCUCGUCGCCCUCUCACUCGCCUUUAAUCGUCGCGAUCGCCCUCGCGAUCUCCUCUCCCAUCCCGUCGCCCUCCCCUUCUCCUUCCCCUUCGCCCUCGCCAUGUCCCAUCCCUUCUCGUCGCCCUCUCAAUCUCUCUUCCCUUCGCCCUCUCAGUCACUUCACUUUCUUCCGCCCCUCUCGAUCGCGCUCACGCUCUCCGCGUCUCCUUCCCGCCCCGUCUUACCUCGUCGCCCACACGCUCGCCCCGGAAUGCCCCCCCCCCCGUCGCCUUUCUUCUCUCCCCUCCCAUCACUAACAGUUGCCUACGCUCUUGCUCUGAAACGCCCUCCCCGCGCCCUUCCUCCCUCCCCUCCCAUCACCUUUCUCAUCGCCUUCGCACUCUCCCUCCCGUCGCCCUUGCAAUCUCUCCUCCCAUCCCAUCGCCCUAUUCAUCUGCCAUCGCUCACGUCCUACCCUUCCAUCGGCCUCGUGCUCACGUUCUCCCCUCCCAUCUCCCUCGCACUCACGUUCUCCCCUCCCCUCGCCAUCGCGCUCACGUUCUCCCGUCUUCGCAUCGCCUUCGCGCGCAUGGUCUCCCCUCCCAUCACCUCGCACUCAGAUUCUCCCCUCCCAUCUCCCUCGCGCUCACGUUCUCGUCUCCCGUCGCCUUCGCGCUCGCACCUUCUCGUCCCCUCUCGUCGCCCUCGUACUCUUUCCUCUCGUCCCUUCCUGUUGCCCUCGUGCUCUCCCGUCCCGUCCCGUCACCGCGCUCGCCCCUCACGUCCCGUCCCGUCGCCCUCGUGCUCUCCCCUCCCCAAUGCCCCUCGCAUCACCGAACCCACCACGUUUGUCCCCUGA